UAGACAUAACUUGUUAUUUUUCUGUUCCAGUCCAUUGUUGAUAUUUCGUGUUUUCCUCAAGUCAAGUCGGCCGUCGUCAACAUGCGUCCACUUCCUGGACGUCUUUCACAAUAAAACACUUUUAUUUUCCUCUCCUUCGCCACUGAGCGAUAGGACGAUUGCGCAAGUGCGAUACGAGACUCGCAGCCGUUUGUAAAAACUCCUUCAGAGUGUUAGGACGAAACGCACUGGACGCGAUGAAGGCACAAUUAGACGCUGAACUGGGACGGGGCUUUUAUUGUGGAAGCGAGGUGGGCGGAAAUGAGCGGUGUACGCGAGUGGGGGGGAAAGGCGUGAAGGAUCACCUGCGUGUUCGGCCGUGGUUUCGUGCUAAGAUCCGCGAGAGGCUUCGGCCAAACCAAGAUCGACAACAAACCUUCGCCAUGUUUGCCGCCGUCUGACUUCCAUCUUCCUCCACCUCCAUCUUCCUCCUCCCUCCUCCACCCUCCGCUCGGACGACGCCACGGGCCCGCCGCGUGGAAGCAUCCGGCGAUGCUUCAUCCUCCGCAUCCACAAUAAAGGUGGACAAUGAGCAGGUGCGGCGCGGGAAGACGUCACCUUCCUUUUCAGCGUCCGCCAUUAUCAUCAGCAGCUUCGUCCGCCGUCGCCAUGGUGCCGCCCCUCCUGUCCACGCUCCUCCUCUGGCUCCUCCCCCAGGCCGCCGCCGCCUUCGCCUCCUGCCCGGCGAGCUGCCGCUGCUACAGCCUGACGGUGGAGUGCGGCUCCACGGGCCUCCAGAGCGUCCCCAAACACGUGCCCCCGCCCACACAGACGGUCUUCCUGCAGGACAACGUGAUUGGUCAGAUCCGCCGUCAGGACCUGGCUCUUCUCCGACACCUGCACUACCUCUACCUGCAGAACAACACCAUCUCGGCCGUGGAGCCCGGAUCCUUCCAGAACCAGGCCAAGCUCUUGGAGCUGGCUCUGAACGGGAACAGGAUCCACUUGGUGACGGCCGACAUGUUCCAGGGACUGGAGCACCUGCGCAUUCUUUACCUGGCGGGGAACGACAUCACGCGGCUGCUCGACCACACCUUCCGUGGCUUGCAGCGCCUCCAGGAGCUCCACCUGCAGCACAACAGCAUCGAGGUUCUGGCCGACCAGGCGCUGGUCGGUCUGACCUCGCUGGCUCUGCUGGACCUCAGCAGGAACCAUCUUCACACCAUCGGCCCGGCCACGCUGCGACCGCUCGUCAGUCUGCAGGUGCUCCGGAUCACAGACAACCCGUGGCGCUGCGACUGCGCCCUCCACUGGUUGCGGAGCUGGAUCGACGAGGAAGGCCAGCGGCUGCUCAGCACGGCCGAGCGUCGCAUGGCGUGCUCCGAGCCGCCACGUCUGUCCCACCUGAGCCUGGUGGAGGUGCCGCUCAACAGCCUGGUCUGCAUCCCCCCGCUGGUGCAGCUGGAUCCCAAGCGGCUGGCCGUGCGUCUGGGCGAGAGCCUGCGGGUGUCCUGCCACGCCUCCGGCUACCCACGGCCACAGGUGACGUGGAGGAAGGCCUCCCAAGGAAAGGUGGCGCCGUCUCCCAGAGGUCUGGUGCAAGAGCUGGGGGGCGGAGCCAGAAACGCGGGCAGAGCCGAGGAGCCCUCGGAGGGGAGCCGAGCGAGCGUGCAGAAAAGCGACGGCGAGCACUUUGACCCUGACACGGGCAGCGGCAUGCUGUUCCUGAGCAACGUCACCGUGGCCCACGCCGGCUUCUACGAGUGCGAGGCGUGGAACGCAGGGGGCGUGGCCAGGGUGACCUUUCAGCUGGCCAUCAACUCCUCCUCUUCCUCCUCCUCCAUCUGGGCCACCUGGUCGCAGGUGACCCCUCCCCACUCACCCAACUGGCCCCGCCUGAGGAGCCCCGGCCCCGCCUCCGACGUGAGCCGGGAGCCGCUCUAUGCGCUGGGCAGCAUGGCCUUCGGCGCGCUGGGCGCCGCCACGCAGACGGCCAUCGCGGCGGGCAUCUCGCUGCUGGCUCUGACGGCGCUGCUGCUGGUGGCCAUGAUCUACAGCCGCCAUCAACAAGGAGACAAGGAGGCUGACGGCGCUGACCAGGAGGAGAGCAUCCUGUACGUCAACGACUACUCGGACGGCCCGACCACGUUCGCCCAGCUGGAGGAGUACCGCGACGAGCGAGGCCACGAGAUGUACGUCCUGAACCGGGCCAAGCCGGUGCUUCCCCCGGCCCCGCCCACCGCCGUCUCCACCACCAGCCUGGGCUGCCCCGCCCCGUCCGACACCAGCAGCCUCAGCGCCUCCUCGGGGCCGGGCCAGCCGGCGAUCCCGCCCCUCAAUAAGCAGCUGCAGCCGGACGGCGACAUUCGGACCAUGAGGCGAAUGGCGGGGGAGGGCGGGGAGGCGGAGCCGGUGAUGACGUCGGAGGGCGAGGGGAUGUUUGUGAACCACACGGGCUUGUUUGUGGACUCGCAGAUGGCCUACGAGAUCCACUGCUGAGGCCACAGCACACCUGCUGGUCACAAUGAGAACUGCAACAGGAAGCUGACACUGACCUCACACGCCAAAAUGACUGGGGCGCUUUUAUCAGAACCCCCGACCGGGAUUAUCUUCUUGUAGACGUUAUUGCUUCUCUGGCCUCUGGAGGCACUGUUGAGCAGCUCUUUCGCUUUCUUUAUGAGUGGUUCCCCUUAUUGUUGUGCACGUGCCCGCGCUGCGUUGUCCUGACCGUGAUGUCAAAGAGCCCGCCUGAUUUUCUAUCCCACCACGCGUGUUGUCGGCCUGACUAUGAGAUGGGUGGGUUGUGAGUUCAAACCCCGGCCGAGUCAUACCAAAGACUAUAAAAAUGGGAGCCAUUACCUCCCUGCUUGGCACUCAGCAUCAAGGCUUGGAAUUGGGGGUUAAAUCACCAAAAAUGAUUCCCGGGCGCGGCCACCGGUGCUGCUCACUGCUCCCCUCACCUCCCAGGGAUUGAAAAAGUGGAUGGGUCAAAUGCAGAGGACAAAUUUCACCACACUUAGUGUGUGUGUGUGACAAUCAUUGCUACUUUAACUUGAACUUGUUAGCAUGCCGCAGCCCUCGUGGGUUUUCACGUUUCCUUGUUAAAGCCUGAAUGAUUUUUUUGGGGUCAUUUUUAUUUUUGUUUUUUUAAUGUUAACGUUUUUGUCUCCCAACAAUACCGACAUUUCUUAUCCUAAAAGUGAUCUUUGUUUGCAUCCACACUCACUGUGAGGGUGUGGCCAAUAAACAAACUGCUGACGAUG